AUGCAGUCGGAUGAUCCUGCCUACUUAACAGUGGGCACAGAAGUCAGUGCGAAAUUUAAGGGAGCAUUCUGUGAAGCAAAAGUUAAAAAAGUCACAAAAAGUAUUAAAAUAAAGGUUUUAUUAAAAGAAGCACCGUUUGGAAGCAUUGUAGUUGAUGAUUUAGCGAUUCCAAAGACAGCUAAAAUUGAAUUAAAUGAGUUGGUUGACGUGACACAAGGAAAACAGACAUUUCGCGCUGUUAUUCAGCAUAUAAAGGACUGUAGCAAGUAUCACGUUGUUUUCAAUGAUGGCGACGAGAAAGAAUUAAGACGUACCCAACUCUGCUUAAAAGGCGGUAAACAUUUCGACGCUGCCGGAAACCUUGAUGCCCUUCCAUUGUACAAUCCAGAGCAAUUCAGCAAUCCUGUGGUGAGAAAUCUUGUCGGAAAAGCCAAGUUAAAACAAAAGCGAAAAGGCGACGAAUCAUCUCCAUCGCGACGAAAAAAGCGAAAAGACGAGGAUGAUGAUGAGGAAAGCGACGAAGACGGCGGCAGACGACGUGAAAAACGUGCAGCGGCUUCAGCGGCCAGUGUGGCGAUUGGUGAAAUGAAUCAGGGCGUCGAAACGCAAAGCGAAGAGUCGAGUGCCGAUUCAAGCGAAGAGAAGGAACGAGAAAAGGAACGGAAAAGAAAGCGUGACGAGGAAAAGGAAAAAGAACGGGAAGAAAUGGAAAAAGAGAAGCUGAAAAAGCAGCAGGAGGAGAAAAAAGCGAAAGAAAAGGCGAAACUUGAGAAAAUCUCUAAACAUAUUUCAAGCAUUGCCAAUGCCAAGGAACGGCUUGACAAAACGUAA